AUGUCAACGCUGGCCGCCUCCUCGUUGAUAAUCCAACCCUCGUCAAUAAUAGUCCAACCCUCGUCAUCAAUAGUCCAACCCUCGCCCGCUCCACAGCCGCGGGUCGCACAGCAGCAGCAGCAGCAGCAGCGCAAGUCGUCCAAAAAGGGCGGCUACACGCGACAGCGCCGCGGCUGCUUGACCUGUCGGCAGCGCAAGAAGAAGUGCGACCAGGGCUUGCCCAUAUGCGGGCACUGCUCGCGCCUGAACCUGGUCUGCAAGCACGAGAAGCCGCGGCAGCUGUCGAGUGCCUGGAGCGAAGAUGCCGUGGAGGAUGAUCCCGGGCCGUCGAGCUCUCAGGCACACACCACCUACAUGUGCUGGGGCUCGCAGCAGCAGCAGCAGCAGCAACACCCGGUCACUGCUCGGGGAGAUCAUGUCUCUGAACUGUUGAGGCUGACGAAGAUUGCUGAGCCUCUGGACCUCGUGCGUCCUGACGAUGCUGCCGUUGGCUAUGACUGGAGCUCCAGUCGAAGGACCAUGAUGCGGUAUUACACGUCUACUCUCGCCAUCAUGCUAUCGGCGACCGCAGAGAACAACUGCUUCUUGUCAGUCAUGGAACUGCUUUUGACAACGUGGAAAUCUCACUCAGUCUUAUUGCCAAUGGCAUUCGACUGCCCUGCCCUCCUCGACGCAAUGGCCGCAUGGUCAUCAGCUCAUCUCGCCCUUCGGGACCCCAGCUUCCACGGCGCGUCUCUCCAGUAUCGCGGGCGGGUGCUGGCGAACCUCAGUGCCGCCCUUCAAGAGGACAGCCUCCCCGGGGAAAUGUGCCUGGCCGUGGCCAUGGCCAUGUGCUCCAUGGAGACCAUCUCGGACGCAACCAGCAGCAGCUGGUCGCACCAUCUGUCCGGUGCCGCUGCAGUCCUGCAGUCCAGAACUUGUUCCAAUGCGAUGAUCGGUCCGCUGCAGACAACGACGACGACGACGACGACGACGCCAUCUGCUGUGAGCGACUACUGGCUCCAGUCUGUUGAGCGCAGGUGGCUGGUGAGGAACUUUGCCUAUCACGACAUCUUGAUGAGCGUGUCGCUGGACAGGAGGCCCCUGCUUACAGGCGACUACUGGAUGUCCCGGGACGAUACCAUGGCCGAUCCAUACUUUGCCUUUGCGUCAAAGAUCAUGCUCUUAAUAUCAGAAAUCAGCGUCCUGAACGCAGAUUGCGCGGAAUUCAAGGCGUCCCUCGGCGGCGCCUCGACCCUGAAACAAGGCGGCGACCUUGCGCUCGUCCUUGAAGAAUCGCCCCUGGAUCACAACUACCACACGCCUCUUGAACGGGCUGACAACAUCGCCAAUGGCCUUCGAGACUGGAAAUGCCCAGCAGAGACCGCCAACGCGCCGCUUGCCUUGCUCAGCGAAACAUAUCGCAGCGCAAGCCUUAUAUACCUCGACCGCGUCGUACGCCAACACUUUCCACGGCGGGCGGCUGAGAUCCUGCCGGAGGGGAUUCGGGCGUAUGUUGAGUCUGUGUGCCAUGUCGCGCAAAAGGUGCCCGAGGGGUCUCUGGCUGAGUGCUCGUUGCUUUUCCCUCUGUUUAUUGCGGGGGGCGAGGCACAAGAUGCGUCGCAUAUCGAGCGUAUCAGGGACAGGCUGUGCAGUAUGAAUAGGUGGAGGAGGUUUCGGAAUGUGGAUGCUUGUAGGGAGGUUUUGGAAGAGGUUUGGGCGAAAAGGGGUGAGUCGGGAGACGCAGAGAGGGUUGAUUGGAGGGACAUUGUUCGCCAAAGAGGCUGGCAACUUGCGCUUUCAUAAAGGGCAUGUGCUUAUGUGCUUCUAAGGCGAUGCUUAACCAGGGUCAAGAUCGGUCAUAAGGCACGAGUGUAGAUGACUAGCUUCUGUAUUCUGUCAAGCCUUUGCUAUGGGACUGACAUUG